AUGAAGACCGUGCAACGUGAGCUUCUUCCCCUUUCUAUCAUCUUGAUCUUGGUAUUCAUCAUCCUCUUCUUCCUCUCCUUCUGCAUCACCCUCCUGAAGUACAUCCGACUUCUUCUAGAUCUCUUCUUCACCGCCGUGUACUAUUGUAUCAUCCCAGUGGGUGGCAUCGCACUUCUCUUCUACCUGUUUCGAUUGAAGAUCCUCGGUCUUCAAAAUGUACUUUUUGCUGGGAUUUCUCACUGCGCUUUUGGGAUUUCUUACCGGGCUUUUGGUCAUGCAAGCCUUGAAGUCUCCCUACUUUCUGAUGGGACAUUUCGUCAACGUGUUCUUCAAGGUGUAUUGCUUGUUGCUUUGGUAUUUCUGGCUCCGUCUGAUCAAGGAGGCGUUGCAGCGACAUUUUGGUCGGAGGACUUGAACCACGAUGCGGGAUGA